AUGGUUGGGGUCGGGAGAAGAUUGCUUCCCAGGAGAGGGGCUGUUGGUCCUGGAAGAAGGGAGACAAGGGAGCCGAGAUGCUGGACAAGAGACAGCGACGGAGGGAGAGAAGGCUCAGAAGGAGAGUGCCGUGAAGAAGCUCGCUUCUUCUUGAUAGAGGGCCGAGGGGUCACAGACAAUGUGCCGCGGUUUUCCUCACUGCCGCCCUUCCUGCCUGUGAGCUACCACAUCCUGGGAGCAGAGACGUCCUUCUUCCUGAAGGAGGCCAACCAGGACGUCAUGCGCAACGCCAGCCUGCACACCAGGGUUGAGUCCUUCUUCACAUACAAGGCCAAGAGGCCCCCAGUGCUCAAUGCCAGCUACGGGCCCUUCUCCGUGCAGAAGGUCGUGCCUCUGGAACUGAUGGUCACUUCGAACUUUCUCGGUCCAACCAGUAAGUUCGGUCUCAACUGGAAGCUGAAGGCGCACAUCGUGCGGGACAAGGUGUACCUGAGCCGGCCCAAGGUGCAGGGCAACGCCAUCCGGCCGGGCAAGGACGGGCUGGACGAGGCCGUGCCCCACUUGCAAAGGAUCGGCGCUGUCAGCCUCUAUCGGACCCAGGACACGGCCCAGCUCAGUGAGCUGCGUUUGGACAGCAACGUGGCCGUCUGGCUGCCCUCCCAGCCAGUCAAACAAGGAGACGUGGUCACUGCCUAUGUCACCGUCGCCAGCAAUUCCACCGUGGACCUCUUCAUCCUGAGAGCCAAGGUGAAGAAGGGGGUGAAUAUCUUGGGCACCCAGACCAGCGAGCCCCGGCAGUGGGACGUGAAGCAGGAGAUGGGGAACGGCGGGAAACACGCCACCACCACCGUGCUGUGCCAGCGCCUGGGAUCCAGUGCACGCAACAGAAGCAGCAGCUUGUUCAGCGAGGUCGUGCAGAUGAACUUCGAAAUUGCCAGCUUCAGCAGCCUGUCGGGGACGCAGCCCAUCGCCUGGCAGGUCGAGUACCCGCGGAGGGUGACCACAGACCCCGCCGUGUCCGAGAUCUUCAUCAGCCAGAAGGACCUGGCUGGCAUCGUGCCCCUAGCCACGGACACUGAAAUUCUGAACACCGCCAUUCUCACAGGAAAGACGGUAGCCCUGCCCAUCAGGGUGGUCUCUGUGGAGGAGAACAGCGCCGUGAUGGAUAUCUCGGAGUCGGUGGAGUGCAAGUCCACAGAUGAAGAUGUCAUCAAGGUUUCUGACCGCUGUGACUAUGUCUUUGUCAAUGGCAAAGAGAUGAAGGGCAAGGUGGAUGCAGUGGUGAACUUCACCUACCAGCACCUGAGUGCCUCCCUGCACAUCACCGUGUGGGUGCCCCGGCUGCCCCUGCAGAUUGAGGUCUCUGACACAGAGCUGAGCCAGAUCAAAGGCUGGAGGGUCCCCAUUGUGGCCAGUAAGAGGCCCACGCGAGAGAGCGAGGACGAGGAUGAGGAGGAGCGGCGUGGCCGCGGCUGUGCCCUGCAGUACCAGCACGCCACCGUGCGCGUCCUCACCCAGUUCGUGGCCGAGGGCGCCGGCCCGUGGGGCCAGCUCAGCCACCUGCUCGGCCCCGACUGGCAGGUCGACGUCACCCACCUGGUUGCAGACUUCAUGAAGCUGGAGGAACCCCACGUGGCCACCCUCCAGGACAGCAGGGUCCUGGUCGGGCGGGAGGUCGGCAUGACCACUAUCCAGGUGUUGUCCCCACUGUCCGACUCCAUCCUGGCAGAGAAGACGGUAACCGUGUUAGAUGACAAGGUAGCGGUGACGGACCUGGCCAUCCAGCUGGUGGCUGGGCUGUCUGUCACCCUCCAUCCCAGCACGGAGAACAGCAAGGCCAUCACCGCGGUGGCCACAGCUGAGGAGCUGCUGCGGACCCCCAAACAGGAAGCGGUGGUCAGCACUUGGCUUCAGCUCAGCGAUGGCUCAGUGACGCCCCUGGACAUCUACGACACCAAGGACUUCACCCUGACGGCCACCUCCCUGGACGAGGCCGUUGUGUCCAUCCCCCAGGCCCGCUCUCCCCGGUGGCCGGUGGUGACGGCCGAAGGGGAAGGCCAGGGGCCACUGGUCCAAGUGGACAUGACCAUCGCGGAGGCCUGCCAAAAGUCCAAACGCAAGAGCGUCCUGGCCGUGGGCGUGGGCAGCGUCAGGGUCAAGUUUGGCCAGAACGACGCUGACUCCAGCCCCGGCGGCGGCGGGGACGGCGACGAGGCCGAGAUCAAGAACCACGCCAGCGACCGCCGGCAGAAGGGCCAGGAGCCCGAGGGGCCCUUCCACGGCGGUUCCUCCGCGGAGCGCGAGGAAGGGGCCCUCCGGAGAGGCGGCACCACGGCCAGGCCGCUGCUGGACAACCGGGUGGUGAAGAGCAGCCGGCCGGACGCGGGCAGGCCGUCCGGGGAGAGCCAGCUGCAGAACAUCCCCCUGGACUUCACCAACUUCCCGGCCCAGGUGGACCUGCCCCGGGCGGGGGGCGGGCUGGGGGCCAGCGACCUGGUGCAGACGCCCCGGGGCCUGAGCGACCUAGAGAUCGGCAUGUACGCGCUGCUGGGCGUCUUCUGCUUGGCCAUCCUCGUCUUCCUCAUCAACUGCGCCACCUUCGCCCUCAAGUACCGGCACAAGCAGGUGCCCCUGGAAGGCCAGGCCUCCGUGACCCACUCGCACGACUGGGUGUGGCUGGGCAACGAGGCCGAGCUCCUGGAGCACGCGGGCGAGGGCUCGCCACCGCAGGACGAGCACACGACCGUCCUGGACCACGCGCCCAGCGGCAGCGAGGAGAGCAGCCGUCUGCUGCUCAACGGCGGCGCCCGGCAGCACGUGCAGGGCCAGGUGCACCGGCCGGACUCGGCGGCCAGGCCGGCCAGGGACCCGAAGCUCGAGCCCCUGCACUCGCCCACCUCCAAGAGGAAGACGGUGAAGUUCACCACCUUCACCACCAUCCCGCCGGACGACGGCCGCCCCACCGUGAACUCCAUCCUGGGCCGCGGUGGCGAGGACAUCAAGUGGGUGUGCCAGGACGUGGCCGCGGGCGCCCCCGAGGAGCUCAGAAACUACCUGGAGAAAUUCCAGGACCAGGCGUAGGUCCCCGGGGCACCCCACGCCUCACUCGGUUCCAGAGCGGGUCUGAGCCGGUGUCUCUUGCAGCGAGGGAUUGUGGUAGCCGGGGACGGCAGAGUCCCCAGAGUCAGCGGAGCAAACUGGGCGGGUGUCCGACCGAGACGCCGGCUGCACACGAGGCCACCUUCGGAAGGUGAUUUUAUGAGUCAAAAUAGAACACAGACAAGCUACCAAAAAUUAUUUGUUAAAAAAUGCAAAAAGACAAAAAGACAGAAGUGACCAUCUCUUUAUAUUUCUAAGAAAGGAGCAAAACCUACAGUGAAGGCCUGCUGAGGGACAGUCUCCGUGUUGGUUCGGUGUCCCCUUGGGAGGAUGGCCUCGAUCCGUCAGCCCCGGGAGGCGGGUGCACGGAGAGCAGAGGGGUCAGAGCCCUGCCGCUUCUUGGGGUGAACCUGAGGGUUUUGUCUUUACUUGCAAAUCUUCUGUGCUCCCACAUGGUCUCCCCCAGCCCCCCAACAUUUUCUUUCUGUGUCCUACAUGUCCACUUGAUUUGUAUUGAAUGUUUAUUUCUGAGCAUCAAAUGGUAUAUUUUUCCUAAAUUAAACAUACGUUAUAUUCCUAUAUGUUAGAUGAAUUCUUAGCAACAGUCUCAAUUAAUCCACCCUGGAAGUAGUUAAGUUUGAUGCUUUUCUGUGUCCCUCCAGCCUUGAUGUUUGCUGGGGUCUUACAAUCAGAGGGGGACGGGGCACUGCCUUGACUGGCCACCCCCUGCCACCCCUGCCACCCCAGCGCCCGGGCCACAGCCAGUGGGCAGGAUGCUGCCCGAGGCUAUUGCAAGGGGACGCAGCCAGCCACACAGACGCCAGCUGGCCCAGCGCCCCGUGGCUCCAUCGCUGGGGACGCAGGGACACCCCAUGUCAGGGGAGGUCCGGUCACAUCCAUGGGGGAGAGGCCAUACCCAACAAUAAUCUGUGCCCCCUCCCACGGUAGAUCUGUCUCGAGACUUACAGAUAACUGAGAAAUGAACCAAGAUAAAACUGUUGGAGGGUGUUUGAGUUGUUUCUCUGACUUUGUUGGGCAGAGCACGUCAGCGUGAACUGAAGGGAUUAAAAUCUAUGUUAGAUUGUCCAUCAACUGUGGUUUUUAACAGCUCAGUUGUGUAGUAGCACAUGGCAAAACGCAGUCAUCCAAAGUCAAUUGUAGGUGGCAGAGAAGAGCACGGUGCGGUGAAUCGGCCCCGCGGGGACUGCCAGGCUCUGGGACCAUGGGCGGCCGGCCGGCUCGUCCUGCUCUCGGCAGCCCUAGCUCACGGAUACCAGGACGCUCAUUGUUUUUAUUUUUUUAAUUACUAAAAUCAGUAGCUAAGAAAGGGUCCUUGAAGCCUCGUAACCUUAGCUGGACCUUUUAAAAAGAUAUUUCUAGCACAUAUUAUAGACGGAAAGAAGGAGAUAUUUAUUUAUACCUGUGAUGCCAAUUGUCAUUAAAAUGCUUUCCAUGGCUUGACAAGUCUGUAUGUCGUGGGGUGUUUCUUUUUCCAUUUGACGCCUGUU